UGUCUAGAUCAAACAAGGUUUCUGAUUGUAAGUGAGACCACACAUGUUAGUUUCUGGACAAUCUGGUUUGGUACCAUGUUUUUCAUGUAGCACAAGAGCAUGGUAGCCAUUGUUUUCACGUGACACAGCACAGGAGCACUCUCAUCUUCUAUAUCUAAGUAGGAGAAACCCACUACUUAAUUUCUCUCAACAUGCAAUCAUGCCACAUCAUCACAUCAUUAAUGUGUUCACACCUAUUUAGUAAAAACUCAUAUUUUUUGCACAUGCGUGUAAGUUAUUUCACAUCAAGUUUCUACAAUACAAUUUCAUCAUAUGUUUUCAAUUUUGGAUAAUCUUUCGUUGCUAAACAAUUUGACUCAGAUAUGUUAACUAAAAGUUUCCGCAACAACGUGCGGGGCAUCGUUUAGUUCAGAUAACGAAGCAGACGUUGAACAUGAAUAUUGAAGAGCUCUUUUGCUGUUAUCACUUACCACUGACUAGCAUAGACCAUCUACUUUCAUGAACCUCUUCUGAGAAAACAAAGUUUGUAUAAAUCUCUGAAUUUUUUGAUGAAAUAGGAAUUAUUCUAGUUCAAAAUUUUGUUUUCUAAUUGAAUAUUGUUAUUUCAAGGACUAAAGAGAUAAGAAUCUUUGCACUUCAUUGUGCUUAGAGAUCUGUGCUAUCAGAUUGGUAGUGAUAUGAAACUAAACACAUUUAUGUCCUUCCACUUGAGUCCCUGUUGCUGUGGGUUGGAGCCAUACAUUCAUAUUUGUUACUGGAACAGUUUCUGGCCAUCCUCGGAGUGUGUGUCUCUAACUGUCAGCUGCAUCAGAUCUAAGUGCAAUUAUGUAGAUCUCAAAGUAUCUUUACCCUUCUAUGGCGACAUCUGAUAAAUAUUAUCGCAAGGCUACACUGAAGAUUGCAGGUUCAGAAUUCAGCACUUCAAUAUCCGACAAGUCUGUGAUGGUGCUAUUUAUGAUCGCUUCACAAUCUCGAAUUACGGAGAUGUUUUCGCUUGCUCCAUUGACGGCUACCCAAGGACUUCAAUGGCUUCCUGAAGCUCCAACACUUUCAGGGAGGGGAGGGGAUCAGGUACACCAGUGUGGACCAGGGGCGGAGGCAGGAAAAAAAUAUAGGAAGGGUCAGAAUAGAAGGAAUGAUUUAUUAGAGGGGGCCAAAGCAUACAAAUGUGAAGCUUAUAGAACGAAAUUACAAAGAUUAUACAGGGGCUUACUAAAAACGCCAAAUCUUAGGGGGGGCCAAGGCCCAGGCUGGCCUGGGUUGUGCCUCCGCCACUGGUGUGGACCGUUGGUUCUCACCUCAUAUUCAUCCUAGCAAGAAACCACUGGGCAGACGACAAAGCCAGUGUGGUUUUUACUCCGCAAUCCUCGCCAUUGACACUGUGCUGCCUGCGGCUGAAAAGAUAGACGCACUGCAUGGUGCUUAUCGGGAUCUACAUCUGCAGCGGGGUUGGGCAGAUUAGCAGCAUUCAAGCACGAUAGCUGUGGUGACCACGUCCUUCAUCGUCCAUCACCUGUACAACCAAAGGUCUAAGGGCAAACACCAGGCUUGACCCUUUAUACAUCAACGUGAAAAUGAGUUCAGGUGUGGAAGUUAUUCCAAAAUGAAAUGAGGUUCUUGAUGGUUAUGCUUUGGAUAGUUCUUGGCCAAUGGCCAUGUUCAUGUUCUUCAUGGCUGUCAAGGAUCGCAAUAGAGGGCUUCACACGCCGUUGAUGGCUUGGCUCAUGUCAGGGCACCCCGUUUGGUUCUUGGACUCAAGGACGAUAUCAGUGAAUGGAUAGAAGUAGAGUUCUUCUAUCCAAAUCCCUACGAAGAUUGGAUUGCUGUAUUCUCUCCUGCCAAUUUUAGGUGUUCUGAUAUGAAAUGAGGUUCUUGAUGGCUAUGCUGUAGAUGGUUCUUGAUGGCUAUGAGAUUUUUCUGAAGAUAAUCUUUACUAAUACCAUACUGACACUGACCGCCCUCUCAGAAAAAAAAAAUACUGACACUGACACAGCAACGGUCAUGGUCUUUCUUGACGCCAUUUUUCAAUCUCAGUUUUGUUUCUUGGGAGCAUCGAAUAGGAUCCUGUGUCUACACGCCUACCUCAAUGAUUGGCCAUAUAUAUACUUCUGCAUCCCUUCCUCCAAUCCUGCAGAUUCGAGCCCAUAAAGUUGCUCUGUUCAUUUCCUGUAGAUUGCCACAAAUGGUUAGAAAUUACUGGCUUCUGAAGAAGAUGAGGCUGUGGAUGGUGUUCAUAUGGCUGGCUGUUUCUGCGGCAGCUCUUCCUGGCGGCGAGCAGCCGCUGUCGAGGAUCGCGAUCGAGAAGGCGACCCUCGCCGUCGCCGUUGAUGGUGCAGCUCAUGUCAGGGCGUCCCCUUUGGUUCUUGGGCUCAAGGGCGAGACCAGUGAAUGGGUAGAGGUAGAGUUCUUCCAUCCAAAUCCCUCCGAUGACAAUUGGAUUGGUGUGUUCUCCCCUGCCAAUUUUAGCGACGCAAUCUGUGAGCCUGAAAAUGUGAGGCAACAACCUCCAGUGUUAUGCACCGCACCUAUCAAGUACCAAUUUGCAAAGUUUAAGAAUGAUGGAUAUAAUAGGUCUGGGAAGGGAAGCCUGAAGCUUCAAUUGAUCAACCAGAGGGAGGAUUUCUCAUUUGCGCUAUUUUCAGGAGGACUCUUGGAGCCCAAGCUGAUAGCCGUCUCAAACAAGGUCAGAUUUGCAAACCCAAAGGCACCUGUCUACCCGCGUUUGGCGCAAGGGAAGUCUUGGAAUGAAAUGACAAUCACCUGGACAAGCGGAUACAAUAUUAAAGAAGCAGUUCCUUUUAUUGAAUGGGGUGCAAAAGUUGGGCCUCGGUUUCUCUCCCCAGCCGGAACAUUAACAUUCGACAGAAAUAGCAUGUGCGGAGCACCGGCUCGAACUGUUGGUUGGCGCCAUCCGGGUUACAUUCAUACUAGUUUCUUGAAGGAUCUGUGGCCAGACUCACUGUAUACCUACAGGCUUGGCCAUAUGUUACCAAACGGUACCCACAUCUGGAGCAAGUCAUAUAGUUUUAAAGCAUCACCUUAUCCUGGCCAAGAUUCCUUGCAACAAAUUGUCAUAUUUGGAGACAUGGGAAAGGCUGAGGCAGACGGUUCAAAUGAGUUCAACGACUUCCAGCCAGGCUCGCUGAACACUACUAACCAGAUCAUCAGAGACCUAGAGAACAUCGAUAUGGUGGUUCACAUCGGUGAUAUCUGCUACGCGAAUGGCUACUUGUCUCAGUGGGAUCAGUUUACCGCACAGAUCGAACCGAUUGCUUCAGCUGUACCAUACAUGAUUGGCAGUGGUAAUCAUGAGAGAGAUUGGCCUGGAACUGGCUCUUUCUAUGGAAAUCUCGACUCCGGCGGAGAAUGCGGCGUUCCUGCGCAAACUGUGUUCUACACUCCUGCUGAGAACCGUGCAAAAUUCUGGUAUGCAACAGACUAUGGCAUGUUCAGGUUCUGCAUAGCUAACACGGAAGAGGAUUGGAGGCCAGGGACCGAGCAAUACAAGUUCAUUGAGCAAUGCCUGUCGUCUGUCGACAGGCAGAAGCAGCCAUGGCUCAUCUUCCUCGCACACCGUGUCCUCGGGUACUCAUCUUGCACGUACUAUGAAACGGAGGGCACAUUUGAGGAGCCGAUGGGACGGGAAGCGCUGCAGGAGCUCUGGCAGAAGCACAAGGUCGAUCUCGCCUUCUACGGUCAUGUCCAUAACUAUGAAAGGACAUGCCCAGUCUAUCAGAGUCAAUGUGUCGUUGAUGCAUCGGAUCACUACAGCGGCCCAUUCAAGGCAACGACACAUGUGGUUGUCGGUGGUGCUGGCGCUAGCAUUGCAGAUUCAGAGUUCACCACUUCAAAUAUCCAGUGGAGUCACUUCAGGGACUUUGACUUUGGGUUCGUCAAGCUCACGGCCUUCAACCAUUCAUCCUUGCUGUUCGAGUACAAGAAGAGCCGCGAUGGCAAUGUGUAUGAUCAUUUCACAAUCUCCCGCGAUUACCGGGAUGUCUUGGCUUGUUCCAUUGACAACUGCCCAAGGACUACACUGGCUUCCUGAAGGAUCAGUUGAUGUGCUGCUGGUCUAUUGAGGAUUACCGGGAGCCCUCCUAUGUUGUUUGGUAAAACAGGAUUUUGAACUAGGAAUCCACGAUGACCUCCAUAGUCAAGUUACCAUCAAAUCCAGGAAUGUGUAUUUUCCUGCUGUAGCACUUCGACAUACUAUAAAGAGGCAAUUUAAAUUCAGAAUUAGAAUCCAUACUAUGGAAAAAACACACAUAAGAUAUUUUCUGGAUAUGUAAGAGUUAACCUUUAAAAUCUGGAAAUGAACCUUAAUUUCAAGU